CAGUUUACGAUCAAGAGAAUUUCCAAGGGAAGCGCACGGAGUUCACCUCAGCCUGUCAGAAUAUCACAGAAUGUGGCAUGGACAAUGUUCGCUCUCUGAAAGUGGAGUGUGGAGCCUGGGUGGGCUAUGAACACUCCAGCUUCUGUGGGCAGCAAUUCAUUUUGGAAAGAGGAGACUACCCUCGCUGGGAGUCUUGGAGUGGCAGCAAUGCCUAUCACAUUGAGAGGCUAAUGUCCUUCAGACCAAUCUGCUCUGCCAACCACAAGGAGUCAAAGAUAACUGUUUUUGAGCGGGAGAACUUUAUUGGACACCAGUGGGAGAUGAGUGAUGACUACCCCUCUCUUCAGGCCAUGGGCUGGCCCUCCAAUGAGAUUGGAUCAAUGCAGGUUCAAAGUGGGGCAUGGGUUUGUUACCAGUACCCCGGCUACCGUGGUUACCAGUACAUCAUGGAGUGUGACCACCAUGGGGGCGAGUACAAACACUACAGGGAAUGGGGCUCCCACGCUCAGACCUUCCAAGUUCAGUCUCUCCGCCGAGUUCAGCAGUGAGGGCGACCCGCCCACCUCCCUUGCUCCCUCCGGCACAUCCUCCUCCACCUCUUCCUCACCCCCACCCCUUCGUUCUGAUCCCGUCAUGCCCAGCUAGACCUGACCGAGCGCAGGCUGAACGUCUGGUGAAUUCGGCUGACAUUUACAGCGCUUCCUUUAUCGACUGAAAAGUAUGUCAGGAAGAAAUCAAGCAGACUGAUUCUGUGGUUGCACGGCGCAGUGAUGUGAC